GAUUUACCCUACCAAUUGCCCGGUGCGCGACUACCAGCUGCACAUCUCCCGGACCGCGCUGUUCUGCAACACCCUGGUGUGCCUGCCCACCGGGCUGGGGAAGACCUUCAUUGCGGCCGUGGUCAUGUAUAAUUUCUACCGCUGGUUCCCUUCCGGCAAGGUAGUUUUCAUGGCACCCACGAAACCCCUCGUGACACAGCAGAUGGAGGCUUGCUUCCACGUCAUGGGCAUUCCGCAGUCUCACAUGGCUGAGAUGACAGGUUCAACUCAAGCUGUCAGCAGGAAGGACAUAUGGUGCAGCAAGCGGGUCCUUUUUCUUACACCUCAGGUCAUGGUAAACGACCUUACUAGAGAAGCUUGUCCUGCUGCCCGAAUAAAGUGUCUUGUGGUUGAUGAAGCUCAUAAGGCUCUUGGGAACUAUGCUUACUGCCAGGUUGUAAGGGAACUGGUCAAAUACACAACUCACUUUCGAAUCUUGGCUCUUAGUGCCACACCAGGUAGUGAUAUCAAGGCUGUACAACAGGUGAUUACCAACCUACUAAUUGGGAAGAUAGAGCUUCGUUCUGAAGAUUCUCCGGAUAUUUUGCCCUAUUCUCAUGAAAGACGAGUUGAGAAGCUUGUUGUUCCCCUGGGGGAAGAACUUGGAGCCAUCCAAAAGACAUACAUCCAGAUUUUGGAAACAUUUGCCAGUCCCUUGAUUCAGAGAAAUGUUUUGAUGAAAAGAGACAUCCCCAAUCUAACAAAAUACCAAGUAAUUCUGGCAAGAGACCAAUUUAGGAAGAACCCGUCACCAAAUAUUGUGGGAAUUCAGCAAGGCAUAAUUGAAGGAGAGUUUGCCAUCUGCAUUAGUUUAUAUCAUGGAUAUGAGUUAUUGCAGCAAAUGGGGAUGCGAUCCUUGUAUUUCUUCCUUUCUGGAAUCAUGGACGGAACUAAAGGAAUGACACGGGCAAGGAAUGAGCUUGGCCGAAAUGAGGACUUCAUGAAGCUCUACAAUCACCUGGAAAGCGUGUUUGCUCAUGUGCGAGAUCCUUCAGCCAUUGAUGCUUCAGCUUUCAAGAAAGGAAAUAAAGAGAAAAAUUUUUUCUAUAGUCAUCCAAAGUUAAAGAAACUGGAAGAAGUCAUAAUUGAACACUUCAGGUCAUGGAAUGCUAAAAACACCACUGGAAAGAAAUGCCUUGAGACCAGAGUAAUGAUCUUCUCCUCAUUCCGAGAUAGUGUGGAAGAAAUUGCAGAAAUGCUUUUACAGCAUCAGCCCGUUAUUCGAGUGAUGACAUUUGUUGGCCAUGCUUCAGGGAAGAAUACAAAGGGUUUUACCCAGAAGGAACAACUAGAGGUGGUGAGACAGUUCCGUGACGGCGGGUAUAACACGCUGGUUUCUACCUGUGUUGGUGAAGAAGGUUUGGAUAUAGGAGAAGUCGAUCUUAUAAUAUGCUUUGAUGCCCAGAAGAGCCCAAUUCGCCUCAUACAGCGCAUGGGCAGAACUGGCCGUCGACGGCAAGGCAGGAUUGUUGUUAUCCUCUCGGAGGGACGGGAAGAGCGUACAUACAACCAGAGCCAGUCCAACAAAAGAAAUAUUUAUAAAGCUAUUUCAGGUAACAGGCAAGUGCUUCAUUUUUACCAAGGAAGUCCACGAAUGGUUCCUGAGAAAAUCAAUCCUGAAUUACACAAGAUGUUCAUCACACAUGGAGUCUAUGAACCAGAGAAGUCUCGGAGUGUGCAGAGGAAGUCACUGUCCUCAAGGCGUGGAAUGAAAGCUACUAAUUCAAAUAAAGAUGGGCUCUUAUCAAGAGAGGAGUUUAACCUAUGGAACAAACUCUAUAGGUUAGGAGACAGUGACAUGGUGAAAGGAGUGGCGUUGCCUGAGUCUCACUUCCCCUCUUUACAGGAGGACAGAGUGACUAAAGAACCAACUACUGGAAUUCGUCAACUCUCACUCUCCGAAUGGAGUGUGUGGCAAGAUCACCCGCUUCCUACACAUCAAGUUGACCACUCAGAUCGUUGCCGCCAUUUUAUAGGCGUUAUACAAAUGAUAGAAGGAAUGAGACAUGAAGAGGAUGAAUGCAGCUAUGAACUGAAAAUUAAGCCUUUUCUACACAUGGAAGAUGUCAGGUCAACAUUUAAUACUCCUAGGAAUGCAGAUAAUAAUCUAGCCAGUGUCACCAGUGUUCCUCACAAGAUAUCUUCCUUUAGACCGAGUGUAGAUGAAGGCAGUUCCUUCUCGGUGAUAGUAUCUGAUGAAGUGUGUGCUGAGACUGUUAGACAAACUCCUCCCAAAUGUACUGAGAUUACUUCUCUGAGGGAAAAAGCUUCUAGAGCAAUGGGGAAAGACCCGACUAGUGAAGAAAGUGAUGACGAUGCAGCUUCUUCAGACACCGGCAGGCGUUCUCCUGCAGAGGCUGUUUCCUGGGUAGACCCACUGAAGGGCGAGAGGGGGGCAGGUGCAGGUGGCAUCACCGCUCUGCCUACUGAUAGUGACGAUGAUAGCCACCCAGGACCAUUACUAAUGGAGCGUCAGGCUGCAGAUAAAUCUAACUCAUUUGCUCGGUAUUCCUUAGAUUCUGGUUAUAGCAGUUUCAGUGAUGAGAAAUCUAUUUUGUCACGUUUGUUUCUUCCAUUGGAAGAAGAGCUGCACCCAGAUGAAGCAGCCAAGCAGUUUCAUGACUGUCACCUAGUGACAGAAGAGGUACGCGCUAAUGUGGAGAGAUUUUUGUCCUAUUCUCCCCCGUCUCUCAGUGGACUCUCAGAUGUGGAGUAUGAAGUCACUCAGGGUUUUGAACUUGACAAUAUGUCCUGCUCACCCAGCUCAGAGGGUGAACACAGUCAUAAACCUGCUUCUCUGAUGUCACACUCGGCUGUGAAUUCUCAACAAAAUGUAGAGAUGAGUUCAGUUAAGCAUAUUAAUCAUCCUUCUGAAAAACAUUGUCUCUUUGACACAGUUGAUAACAAGAUUUCUGAUCAGCCCUCCUGUGGCUCUGAUAAUAAAGCCCAUAAUGGCAUUAAAAAUGAAAAUUUAAUAUCUAACAGUUAUGCUCAAAUCCAAGCAAACCUCGAAAACGAUUUGGCUGACAAAAAUAGCCAUGAUGAUGGUAAUAAUGACCCCUCAGUAUUCACCAAUGAGGGUGAGAGCUUACUGUUGUUUGAAGAUAGUAUGGAAGAGUUAAAUGGUGUGAGCCUUUCUCCCUCCACCAGUAAUAGUCGGCCCCCGUGUGUGUCAGAUAAAACUCUUACAAGUGAAAUGGUUCCAGUCUCUCACUUCUUAAUUUCUGAUGAGCUCUUGUUAGAAGAUGAUUCUGAAACCGAAGAUCAAAUCCUCUGUGAUACCAAGAGUUGGAAAUCUCAUGAAAAUCUGAAAGAUGGACAUGAGGAACCGAAGAGUGAGGGACAUACCUUUGAUUUCUCUAGGGAUUUGUUUUCCGUUACCUUCGACUUGGGAUUUUGUAGUGCAAGUUCUGAUGAUGAAAUCACAGGACAAGGCUCAGGUAGGAGUAGCACUUGGGGAGCAGCCCGUCUCCCUGGAUGGCAUUCUGAUAACAAGGAGAUAGAAGGUGCCAGUGAUGCUGCAGAUCCGCCAGGGGGAGCCAUAUCCCCAAUCCCCACAGGAAACGGGCAGUGUUGGCACUCUGCAGAGAAUAAAGAACCUGCGUCUCCCCACUUUGCCCCAUGCUUGCCAGUAAAGGAGAGAGUUAUGAGUACGCCACUUUGUAAAGCAAACAUGUUGAGCCUGAGUUUUAAGACAGGAGCAGGCAUGCUUAAGACACCAGAUUCUACCAAGAAGAAAGACAAUGUACAGAGUUUCUUGAAUCCAAGAUUUGACGAUUUAGUAGAAGAGCCCAAAAGCAGUGAUCAGAUCUUUCUGCAUCUGUCCCCUCAAUGCACUAAAGUUGAACACUUAACUAGUGAAAGUGAAGAUGAUGUUUUCCUGAGAAAAGCUAAGAAACCCAAAAGAAAUGUCCUGAAGUCCCCUGAGGAUCAGAAAAACAGUGACAUUGAUUCGCCUGUUCAUGCUGUAAAAAAGUCCAGGGUUCUUAGGUCAGAAUUAUCAUCAAGUGACGAGAGUGAGAAUUCUCACACAGCAUCGGAAGACUUCAAGGAUCACGACAGGAAAGCCAGAAAAGGCUUCAAAGUUCGAAAGAAACAGAAUUAUGUAAAGAAUAUAGCUCGGAUGUUUCUAGAUGAUGAAGCAGAGAUUUCUGAAGAGGAUGCAGGAUGUGUCUCAUCAGAUGAAGAUGAUGGGCCAGAAAAUGAACAGGAUUCAUCACUUCUUGACUUUGUAAAUGACCAGACCCAGCUUUCACAGGCUCUGAAUGAUUCCGAAAUGAGAGCUAUUUACAUGAAAUCUGUACGUAGUCCACUGAUGAGCACUAAGUACAAAAUGGUCCGUGAGAAACAUAGCAACAUGAACAUUUUCUCACAGAUUCCUGAGCAAGAUGAAGACUAUUUGGAGGACAGUUUCUGUGUUGAUGAAGAGGAGUCUUGCAAAAGCCAAUCAUGUGAAGAAGAAAUUUGUGUUGAUUUUAACUUAACUAAAGAUUCCUUUACAGAUGAGAAUGUAAGAUAUAAAACCCGAUAUGCAGAAAAGCUAAAGCAAAUGAGCAUGAAACAAAGAAAGAAAAAAAAGAAACUCUCUAGAAUUAUCUUACCAGAUGAUGAUUCUGAUGAGGAGGAAAAUACUGUGGAUGACAGAGAGAACUCUGGUACCCACAGAAGCACUGCUGACAAGCACACACAGCAGGGCCACCAGUGCAGUUUAGGCCCCCCCGGGUCUUCAGCGAAGUCCUUAGUCCUUUCUAAUCCAGCAGCGAAUCAGAAACCCACACAGAGACCACAGGCGAUACAGAGUGUAAUGGAUGCCCUUCCUGAGGUCGUGAGUCUCAAGGCUCAGGACCACAGUACAAUCACUUCCACUUCAUCUCCGUGUACAAAGGCAUGUGGGCAAUAUCCAGUAGAGUUGAAGGUUGGUGAUCAGGAGAAAGGCAGCAUCUCGGCAGCAUCCUCUUCUAAUACAGUCCCUAGACUUCCACAAGAAGGACACAGAGCUUGCAUUCUUGUAGACAGUCGGGAAAUCACUUCUGGUUUAGAAGUCAUUUCUUCGCUAAGAACAGUUCAUGGCUUACAAGUAGAGGUUUGUCCUCUUCAUGGCUGUGACUACAUCAUAAGUAACCGCAUGGUGGUAGAAAGGAAGUCUCAGUCUGAAAUGUUAAAUAAUGGCAGUAAGAACAAGUUCAUCGAGCAGAUCCAGCGCCUGCAGAGCAUGUUCCAAAGAAUAUGUGUGAUUGUGGAAAAAGACAGAGAAAAAGCAGGAGACACCUCAAGAAUGUUUAGAAGAACGAAGUGCUAUGACAGUCUGCUAACCUCCUUAGUUGGGGCUGGAAUCCGAAUCCUUUUCAGCUCUGGACAAGAAGAAACUGCAUAUCUCCUAAAGGAGCUGUCAUUGGUGGAACAAAGAAAGAAUGUUGGCAUUCACUCAGCAGUGCUGAAUCCUAGUAAAUGUGAGGCACUUCAGUUCUAUUUAAGUAUUCCCAGCACAAGUUAUAUAACUGCCUUAAACAUGUGUCACUGGUUUCCAUCUGUGAAAAAGAUGGCUAACAGCUCACCUGAAGAAAUCUCUGCGUGUGCUCAAGUAACUCAUCAAAAGGCUGAGGAGAUCUACAGAUAUAUUCACUAUACAUUUGACAUACAAAUGCUACCAAGUGAUCUGAAUCAGGAGAGUCUAAAAUCUGAUGCAUGCUCAGCACUUAAAGUAUGAUUAUGAAAGAACUCUCACUAUACUAAUAUACUUAAUAAUCAUUGUAGUUUGUAAUUACCAGUAUAAAUAUGUAAAUAUUCCAUGUGGUAAAGGUAUCUUUAUAUAUUAUAUACUUUUUUAUUUAUAGACUAUAAUUUAUUUUUAAAAGGAAAUCUUUGGUGUUCCAUAAUCAUUUUGACCAAACUGUGAAACAACUUUUUAUUGAAUAAAUCAAGGCCGUGUGAAGUGUUGUUCA